CAACACAGCGCAAAUGUAUGUGUGCUCACCUGGCACCAUCAUUUGCACCUUUCAUCCUCUCUCUCUACCUACAUUCUCUCUCUACAUCCGCCAUUGAAGAACCUCCAUUAUUUCUCACAACCUUCAUCACUCAACAACCAGUAAAUAUCAUCACUUCCACGUAAUCAAUCUCUCCACAUUGUUUCAUUUCUCAUGAAUUGAUCUCAAAACACGUAACUGUAAACUCUGUGCAGUUAGGGUUUCUCCAAAUAAGGAAAUGCCUAGUGUUUCCGUCAAAUUAUACAGUCUAUUCUUCAAAUUAAUAUUAAAGCGACGGUUACAGAACCGAAUCCAGAACCCUAAUUUAACCGAUGAUAUGACCACCUCAUUCGGCGUCACGUCACGUCCCGAAGAAACCAUUGCCGCCGCUAAUCCGUCGUUCACCGACGGCGUUGCCACCAAAGACAUUCACAUAGAUCCUGCUUCAUGCCUCUCAAUUCGAAUAUUCCUUCCUGACACGUGUCUCGCAUCGCCAGAUUCCGUUGCCGCUAGGGUUAGAACUGUUGGAACGAAGAGAUCUGAACUUGGAUCUAGAUCGUUUCAUAGGCGUAACAGUUACGGCUCACCGGAAACGUGUAAUGUUGUUGGAAGUGAGAGUAAUCGGAGGAGUAGUUAUAGUAAUGGUUUUAGUACGGGUGAUUUGAGUGUGGAAUUGGAGAAUUGUGCGUAUAGAGGUUAUUCGCCGAUUAGUAAGAGGUGUAGGAAGCUGCCUGUGAUGGUGCAGUUUCAUGGAGGAGGAUUUGUGGCAGGGAGUUGUGACUCGGUGGCGAAUGAUUUGUUUUGUCGGAGGAUUGUGAAAGUGUGUGAUGUGAUUGUGGUGGCGGUUGGGUACAGGCUGGCGCCUGAGAGUCGGUAUCCGGCUGCGUUUGAGGAUGGGGUGAAAGUGCUGCAUUGGCUGGCGAAACAGGCGAAUUUGGCGGAGUGUGGGAAGUCAUUGGGGAGGAAGGUGGAUUCGAGGAAGGCAGAUGUGCAAGGGCAUAUUGCGGAUGCGUUUGGGGCUUCGUUGGUUGAGCCUUGGCUGGCUGUGCAUGGAGAUCUGUCCAGAUGCGUUCUUCUUGGGGUGAGUUGUGGUGCAAACAUUGCUGACUAUGUGGCUCGAAAAGCAGUUGAAUCUGGUACCCUACUGAACCCACUUAAAGUGGUGGCUCAAGUGUUGAUGUAUCCAUUCUUCAUUGGAAAUGCUCCCACACGCUCUGAGAUAAAACUAUCAAACUCGUAUUUCUUUGACAAGUCAAUGGGCAUACUAGCAUGGAGACUCUUCCUCCCAGAAGAUGAGUUUAACCUGGACCAUCCUGCAGCCAAUCCCCUGAUUCCCAACAGAGGUGGGCCCCCUUUGAAGCAAAUGCCCCCUACAUUGACCGUUGUGGCAGAACAUGAUUGGAUGAGGGACCGUGCCAUUGCGUACGCGCAGGAGCUAAAGAAGGUGAAUGUAGAUGCACCAGUUCUGGAUUACAAGGACUGUGUUCAUGAAUUUGCUACUCUUGACAUGCUUCUUAGGACACCGGAAGCUCAGGCGUGUGCAGAAGAUAUUGCCAUAUGGGUCAAGAAAUACAUCUCGCUUAGAGGUCAUGAGUUCUCAUAUUAAGCAAACGAAUUUUUUGAAGGAAGGAUACAGAGGGAUUGAGUAUAAACUGAAAGACAUCCUUCGGGUUUUGUUCUGCUUUUUGUACAAUACACGGUUAUGUUAGAAUAUAGUUGAGUUAUGAGAGAUAUCCACCCCCAUGUUGAUUGAUCCCCCUGUGGACAUAUUUGUUCUUUCCCUUGUAACAACAAUAUUGUAACAUUUGUACUGAUGGAUUUAUAUUCAAUGAAUCUCUCAACUUGUAUUGAUGUA